GCACACACUCGCGCCCGUCCAUCACACAUCAAUCAAAAUGGCUUCCGUCGUUGAGAUCACCCCCAAGUUUGGCGUCAUGCCCGAGAAGAAGGGCCCCUCCCCCGCCGCUGUCUGCGGCUACGCCGUCGUCGGCGCGCUCGUCGGAUGCGCCGCCACAAUCGGCGCUGCUUAUCCUAUGCUCAAGUCGAAGUGGGACAAGGACGACGCCCCCGCCGCCGUCGACAAGAACCCCUGCGCCGGCAAGAAGCCCGGCAAGGGCGCCGGUUUCGACAACUUUCAGUGCGUCCAAUCCAGCGUCAUGAUGGCUGUCGAGCAGGCCGGCGGUAACGUCACCCUCGGCUACAACCAGGGCACUCACAUGAAGCAGGGCCAGACUACCCUGAACAAGCCCGUCACCACCACCCUCGCCGAGGCUGGAAUGUGCCCCGUGAACGUUCACUGGCAUCUUGGCGCCGAGCACGUCUCCACCGGCGAGUACGACAUGGCCCACACCGCGGACACGGCCAACGGCCCCACCCAGCCCCACGCCGACGCCCGCCUGCCCGCUGGCCGCAAGCUCCUCGCUGCCGGUGGCACCACGUACCUCGGCGGCAGGUGCACGAAGUACCCCAACCUCUCCACCGCCCAGAAGUCGGACUACGACUGGAAGUACUGCAAGAAGAUGGUCGUCGGCGAGACCUACGAGGUCCACUGGCCCCACUCCGAGAUGGGUGCUUGCAACACCAAGUGGCAGUACCAGCUCCCCUUCUACGACGGUGUACUCUGCCGCCUCGGCGAGGAGGCCUACCCUGGCAAGGGCAAGUUUGGCCUCGGCACGGUUGGCGGGGUUGAACAACCCCUCUCCCUCCAAGGCCAGAUUGGCGUCCAGGCGCAGGUCUUCGUCGUUGUCAACGACGAGAACUACUACUACCCCGAUCUGCUCCGCGGUAUGAUCGUCACCAACGACGGUCCCGGCUCCAACACCGUCAUGGGUAAGGAGAUCACCGCUUACACUGGCUCCACCACUGGCACCUCCCGCGACAACACCAUCUGCUCCGCGUACGGUCCCGUCACCUGGCACGUCGACCGCAAGUGCCACCUCAUCUCCGCCUCCUCUUUCGACAAGAUGUGCAAGGACAUGCUCGACCAGGCUGACGACAUGUCUGAUGACAUCUACCCCCACGGCGCCCGCGAGCACGUCUCCGACGAACUCAGCGCCAACAACAGGGACGACCUCGGUCCCAACGGCGCCACCGUCUCUGGCACGGGCGACGCGUCGACCGCGAACGUCUACAACGACCGCCAGUAAACAACAUCUUGAGAUGUCAUCCAUCGCGAUGAUGGUAACUAACCCGAUUCUUUCGUGCGGACGAGUCAUCGCAAACUCAAACACUGCUGCGUUUGCGCAUCGGUCAAGAUGACCCGUGCUGCUCAAUAACGACCAACGUGGUCCUCCGUUUAUGUGCACUAUAUUAACUUAAGCUACUGUUUUCAAUUCAAGAUAUUUCGUAAGAACGGAGCGCUCCGAACCAGCUACGUCGUUCUCGACACUAGUCGUCGCCUCUUUUGCCAGUUCGACUCAACUCCAGCUCGGUGCAACCAGGAUAUAGCACGACUCCUCCUCCUACGCACUCAUCGCCGUCGUAUAGAACCAGAGCCUGACCAGGCGUGAUCGCACGCUCCGGAGCGUCAAAUAUCACCUCGAUCACCGCGCCGGCGCCGGCGGCGACAUCCGCGUUUGCACGUCCGAGCACCUCGUCAAGAUCGGGCGGCGUG